CUCUCUUCUUCCCCCUCGCUCUCCCUCUCUUUUUUUAGUAUUAGGUUCCCCCUCGUUUCCUCUUCUGCUCUGUCGCAGUUUCAGCUGUGUCUCUGGCUCUUUCUCUCCCCUGCUGUCGCUCCCGUAGGUGGCAGGAUCGCCGGGUAGGAGGUGGUGUGUGUGUGUGUGGGGGGGGGGGGGGGGGGGGGGGGGGCCUUGGCAGCUUUCUCCCUACAGGCUGCUUCCUCCCCCUUUUGCCCGUCUGUCCGGGCAUGGAUGCCAUCCGCUGGCAGGGUCUGUGUGCCGUUUGAUCACGUGAGGGUGUUAGCUGUGCUGCUGCACUGUCACAGGUCUCCAGGAGCCAGAGGUUUGCCAUUUCUGCAAAGAUUCUCCCCACUUUUUGGUUCGUUGAAGCGGGCGUUUGCUUCACUCUCCGCCAUUGGCCUCCCUGAGAAUCGGAGUCGACAGUGAGUUUCUCUGUUGCGCCUAUUCUUGGUGGUAUGUCCUCAUGGUCUGUUGUGUUUGGGUACCCUGACAACUAAGAGCAGUGAGGUAACCACUUUCCAGCCUGUUCGCCCCUUUGAAUGACUCCAAACUUUUUUCACAACCGCUGAGCUUUUUGCAGCUUCCCAGACGAUUUCAGGAUAUGUAGUUGCCGUCAUUUUGCAAAAAGUCUGACCGAUUUGAGAGCUCAGUGUGAAUUCAACUAUUCAGCAUCCCAGUGGCAGCCAUUCCUUGCAGUGAUGGAAAAAAAAACAUGAAUAGAUUCCUUGCGGUCCUCAUAGUGAGUCAUCGUUAUGUGCUAGAAACCUUGACUUGUAUGUCGUCAGUGAAGCAACAGUGGAGGAUGACUGACUCACUUUGGCACAUCUAUGUCCUAUGCAUGUCAGGAUGGUCUGACCCCUCAGAGUCACUUAUGCAGAGAGUGGAGAACAGGACACUUCAAAAUGAAUUAUGUUUUCCUCACAGAUGCAAACAAGCAGAAGUGGCAAAUUCUCUAUUUGCCGGCGUUACUGUCACUUCUCCAGAGCUGUGAAUAACAACAGAUGAUGCUGACAGUGAUUCAAAGAGGGAGACACAUAGCUGAUUGAUUUGACAGUGAAUGUUGUUCAUUCAGAUUUAAUCCCGUACUGCUGUUUAUGUUUGAAUUCUUUCUAAGAAGAAAAAUGGUGUUGGCUUGCUAUAAGAGAAGAAGCACUGAUAAUUGAAAUAGUCUUGAAAUGACAAGUCUGCUCUAUUUUAGCUUUGGCACAUAUUCUAUUCUAUUCUAUAUUUGUGUAUCACAUCAGCCACACUCAAACUUGUGCAGGACUUUAUUGUGUCUUUUAUUUUCAAUUAAGCCACGGUUUACAAAAUCAACACAAUGUUGUGCUACAUAAGAGUUUAAGCAAGCAAUUGUAACAACAAACUCAUAUUUGUGACCUACAUUUAGGUCAUAAAUAAAUGGAUUAUUUGGAUCAUUUUCUCACAGACUUCUAUAUAAUUUGCCUGAUUUUGGAAUCGUCCCCCCAGUGGCGAUGAGAAAGAUUGCACUUUGCUUUUAUCAGCUUCUGAGGCUAUAUCCUUGAAUUACUGUUUGCUUUAAAGAAGGUAGUAUAGCCUCUUUUAGCCGCUGGGCUCCAGAGGAGUGCUCCUGUUUCACCAGUUUUCUGAGCCACACUUUGGACCCGGGAGUAAGGGAGGGAGGGAACAGGAGGCUAAGCUGCUGCAGGUUAAAGGAAAUUAGCUCUUUUUCAUGCAGAAAUCUGAUGCUUCACUGUCCCUGCUCUGUGAACAUCUGUGCACAUUUAAGAGUCCUUUAACUUAAUGCCUGCCCUUGCUUUUACAGUUACAGUUGGUAUAAUAUGAUAAAGUGAGGUUCUCUCUGAAGGAAGCAGGCUGUAUGAGAGCACAUGGAGCACAUUUUCAGUAUGGAGUCUCUAUUUGUGCCCUGCUGAUUGCAUUGGGGUAUUUAAAUUUGGUCUGCAUAUGCAUUCAGCUCGUGUAACUGAGCUUCAUGAUGAAUGCUCCAUCUGUGGUGGGUGUGAGGAUCUAUCAGUGUUAUUAGUGUGUUAUUAGUGUGCACACUGCUGCACACUGAUGUACACAGGUGCCUUUUUAAAAUAAUUGUCAGUCCAGCUGAUCAGCUGAUGGUUACUUCACCUGUCAGCCUUGGUUUCUCCUCUGCUUGUAAGCAGGUUUUAUGUUGUUGCAGUUGCUUAUUUAAAUGUCAUUGUAAUUAUGUUCAAACUCACAAUAUAUACAGAAAUACAAGAAUAGAGCUGAGUGCUGAAUGUAGGCAUUUUGUUCUUUAUUGAUAAAUGUGUCUAGAAAAAUAAUAUCAAAUUCUUUACACUGCUAAAGCAGGUGUGUAUGGUUUGGUUUGUAAUCUUAUUUGCUCAUUGCUUAGUAUAGAUCAGUUGUAACAAAAGUUUUUCAUUUCUAGACUAUUGUUUGCAGUGCAAAUUAAAUUUGUUAAGUAAUGAAAGUGUUUCACACACACCAAAAAACAGCUUGUUAGAAACAUUGAUGAUUCUCCAGGGCUCUGCAGUAAAGUGGUCCAAGUGCUAAAAGGCAUGUAGGCAGUUAAAAUAGAGUCAAGAGAGUUUAUGGAGGUCUCAAUGGAGUCCUUUGAAACUUGUACGACAGUAUUUCAGUUAGAGGUCUGGACAUUGCUACAACACCUUGGUUCUUUUAAUUUUUUCAGCCAUUCUGUGGUAGAUUUGCUGCUGUCUUGUUGCAUGAGCUUUAUACCUUUAUCUAUCAGACAGAUGACCUCACAUUUGACUCUAGAAUUCCUUGGUAUAUAGAGGAGCUCGUGGACUUCAAGGUGUCCAGGUUUUAUAGAUGAAAAACAGGCCGAAGACAUCAGCCCUCCACCACCGUACUUGACAGUUGCCAUGAGGUCCUGGUGUGCUGGUUCCCACACAAAUGUUUAAAGAAGAAGUGAUGCAACAAAGUGGUAACAUUACUCCAGUCCUAAAAGAAUUGUGAAACCUGUUGGAUGCAUGAACUUCAACAUGAGACUGGGUUAUUUCUGAGCUUGUGCCAUAUCCUGUUUGUUUUCCAGUGAACAGUAGGGUUCAGAUCAUUUCAUUCUGUUUUAUUUAAAUUUCACACGGCACCCCACCUGUGAGAAAACCAGGUUUAAUGAAGCCAUAGAAGCCUCAAAAUAAGAUCAAUCUGAUGAAAUGUAAAUGUUUUUAUAUUUCUAAUGAAUACCUAUAAAUGUCUCAUCCCAGACCUCCAGUGACAUGAUGCCUAAGAGGGAUCAUGAGAAGGACCUGGAGCUGGACAAGAAGAUUGAGGCUCUCCGCAGGAAGAAUGAAGCUCUCAUGAAGAGGUACAAGGAGGUAGAGGAGGACAGGAAAAGAGCAGAAGAGGAAGGAAUGGCACUGCAGAGCCGGAAGGGCAAAGCCGACGAUCUUACCAUCACAAUCAGCAAGUCCGCUAGUGAUAGUCGUGUGGUGGUGACAAAGCCAUUCAGUGGCGGUUCACCAGCUGGGAAGGGACAGCAGGAAGCCGGACCUGACAGAGGGGGAGAGGCUCCUCCACAGACUGCUGGCCGAGGACACAGGAAGCAACUAACGGUCACCAUGGCUGGCAAAAAGGGUAAGAGGGUGGUGAGUGAGAGGCCUGAGAAGAGGCCGGGCCCUGUGGACGUCAAGAGCCCCGCCGAUGAUGGACAUGCGAGGCGUGUGGAGUCAGCGGGGAGGGCGAAGCAGCCAUCUCACAUGACCAAGAGAGACUCAGCACUACAGGAUGAGGUCAAACAGGGGCAGAAGCACACUGAGGAGCAUCACGGGGUGUCAGAGCAAUGCCAGGAUAUCGAGAACCUGCAGGCCAUCACAGACCUCAACGUCCCCACAUCGAGAGAGGAGCAGGAGGAAUAUUUAAGGUGGAAGAAGGAGCGUGAGCAGAUUGACAGGGAGAGGGUGGCACGCCAUAAAAAUGCUAAGGGCCAGUGGAGACGAGCGUGGGACAUGGAUAAAACUGACAAUAUGUUUUCAGACAAAUCCCUCUCUGACAGAGAAUGGGGGCCUUCCAGCAGAGGAGGAAGAAAUGCUAGAAGAGGACCCAGGGCAGGCAGCGAUUCAAAAGCUCAUGACAAGCGAGGCAAAGACAAGGGAGCUAAAAACGUGCAAGUGAUGAGCAGUAAAGCAAAAGGCAAAGAUCGCCUGACUGGGCGGGCCAGAAGAUGGCAGGCAAAUGAUGAUGGAGAGAGCCUGCAGAUGCCUGAGACGACGCUGGAGGAAUUCCUUGAGGAACUUGAUGCCCUCACAGACGCUAAUGCAGAUGAGCUGAAAGAUCAGGACGCAAAAACAAAGCAGUCACCGAGCCCGGAUUCACUGAGCACGCCCGAGGAAGCGAGUGAAUCAGCAGCCUCGGUGUCGGCUGCUAUCCUUAGAGAGGACACCCCGACUCAGGAGAAGGCAGAGGCUUCGUCCUCUCGGGGUUUGGAGAAGAAAGUGCGCUUCUCUGAGGAACUCAUCCAGGGGGCUCAUGCAAGGCAAACCACGGGGUCUCAAGAGUCCGAAUCCAGAGGUCCCAGCUCUUUGAAAGCUUCCUCACCUAAAAAGAACAAGCAUGAAAUGCAGAGGCCACGUCAGCCUCUUGAAAGUGCCAAGCAGGAUGAUGGGAGUCUUCAGGAUAAAGGAGGUGGGCCAGCUGCACCUUCUUCUGCACAGCAGCAGGGAUCUGAAACUGAUUGCACUAAAAAGGACAGCAGCCCACCCACAGCUCCCAGCUCCCCCCCUGCUGAAAAAGCCUGCACCCCUCUACAUGAGAUCCAGCCUGUGGAACUUCCCAAGUGCAACAUCAGCAACACAAACACGGAAGAGCUGAUAGACUCUGGUCUGUCUGUUCUGAGCCUGGAGUCUGGAGAAACACACCCAACACACUCCACCAGCAGUGACAAGGCACGAGAACAUGGGAAAAUUGUUUAACUGACGUUUUCUGGAUAUAAACACUGAAACCAAAACACAGCAUUUGGAUGCAUUAUUUUUGCUUCAAAGUAGCUCGUUUGCAAUACUGUUCAUAGCUUACAGGCAAAACUGUGGGAGCUGAAUUUUUGUCUCAAAUGUGACACAUGAAUGGUGAGACACCUUUUUCCCGCUCGAUUAUUAUUAGUGUUUUUUUUUAUUUUUUUUAACAUCAGAGCACUUUAUGUGUACAAAAACAUGUGUACUGACAUCUCUUUCUGUAUGGAAGUACACUGCUUGAGUGCAAUAUCACUGAAUGUUUACACAUUUGUAUGAAAAUGUUGAGGUACAUAUCAGGAGGCUAGCUAAUUGGUUAAAUUUAGAUAGCCCUUGACAUUAAACCAAGCCACAGUCUAAUUACUUAGUGCCUGAUUCUGCCUUAGAGGUAUAUUUUUUUUAAUUUAUUUAGCUUAUUUAGCAGGGACGAUGCACAAUAAAUAUAUUGUACCGGAUAUAGCUAAAAGCUACUUUUCAGCUGUAGUCCCUGAGUAACUUUUCAGCAGCUGAAUAAAGAUUGUAAUAUAUGACGAUACAUAGUUGCAGACCUCCAGUAGAGUUUUUAUUUCUACAUUUAAAAGUAGUAGACAAAUGGAUAUUAUUAACUGCUUCCAGCAUCCAUAAAUAGCCUUUGUGAAGUAUGAAAUCAGUAUAUUGUUAAAACGCACAUUUGAACCCUAAUGUCUUUGGCCAGUGACCAAGACAGUCCAAAGUUUACAAAAUGUUACUACUGACAUGCUGUAAAUGUUUCUGCUAUUAAGAGCAUUGAAAGGAGCACGCCACUGAUUUUUGAUAUCAAGACAGGAGCCUGAUGAUGUCAUACUCUGGUUAAGAUUAUCUGAAUUUGGGGAUGACAGCUUUGCAGUCACGAAACCUCACAACUCUGCCCAUAAGUGGCAGAAAUCUACUUGAUUUAAAUUUGGCCUUUUUACUUAUCAAGGUCGUCUCCUUGUGCAGCUCUGAGCCACAUCCCCUGUGCCUGCUGUUUUUACAUUGCUUUGUGGUCCGACUACUUUUCACCGGGGAAAAUAGAGGAAGUAAACAUUUGAUCCCCCCACACUGUGUUACAGUGUGGGGGGAUCAGCACUGGGGAACUGGAUCUAUGUCCCAGAGAGCAAAGGGCAGCCUGAAAAAGAAAAAUUUACCCUGUCAGAGCCUUAAGGCAGGACAUCCAGAACAUGCUCAUUUCUUCUUUCUUUCACAGUCAUGAGCGUUGUGCACCAUGAAUAUGUCCCCCACACUCAGACGAUCGGCACAGAGUUCUACUGUAACAUCCCGAGGCGUCCGAAGUAAAACAUUCAGUCCAAACCACUGGAACUUGGAUCAGAUGGCGCCCUGAAAAUGCCUUUCUUUUUCUAAAAGCCUUAACUCAAUUAAAAAAGAAAAACGAAAAGAAAAAAAGCAGCCAUGCUGGAGUAGCUUGCAGCGCUGCCCAAGGAGGCCAUCUCCCCGUUCUGUUUAAUGCAGAACUAGGUUUAGAAAGAAAUAAAUGCGAUCCAGUUGUAAGAUGACAUAACUCACUAGUGUACUCCUUUAUUGUUAAAAUAAAAAGCCAGCUGACGGUAAAGCAUAACACAUUUGAAUGUUUAAAUAUUGAUUUAUAACACUGCAGAGUAGAAACCUUGCACACUAUUGUUGUGUUCCCUAAAGCACAGUUUUACAGCUGAAUCCCGAUGAUCCGGUCUUCCUCACUCUUCUUAUGUUAUGUUUUGGCACUUAAUUUAGGAUUGUAAUGUACUAUGUUAGCUGAUUCUAAACAAACAGUGUACAAAUUCUGGUCUUUGGACCCCUGUGAGUGGGGGAAAAAUUAUAAUUCAAGCAUUUUUUGAGUUGGGUGAAUUGAGAAUGCCGGGAUUCAGCUAAAAUUCCCUUUUGUAUUAUUUGUUCUGUAUUAUGUUUUUGAAAGAGAGCCUAAUAUCUUUCCAGCUUCCCUUGAUUAAUAUCUUAGCCAGUUGUUGUGCCUUGCAUAUUGGCUUCUUCAGCUAUUGAAGGUGUACUUUAAUUUAUGGUUUGUAUAUUAACUGCCUCAUUUAUUUUAUUUAUUUGCCUAUCCAUUUCGGACAGGAGAAUGUUACCAAGUAAAUCUCAAGCUGUGUUUCUCUGAGUCGUUUUUUUUUUUGUCCUUUUUAAAAGUUAUUGCCAGCCUUUGAUGCUAUUUUGGCAAGAAGCGACAGUUAUAUUAAGAAGUUUUUGGCUUUCGUCAAUGCCACCGUGUAGUAAACAGUUAUGUAACUGUAAGUGGAAAACACAGCAGACAUGUUCUGAGCUGCGGUCUUGUCUGUGUCUACGGAGGUUACAUAAAAUCAAAAAAGCAAGAAGCGAGCCACAACGUUUGAAGCCAGUCCAUCCAUUAAGAAAGAAGGGGCCUUAUUCUGUAUUAUAUGUGGAUAGCAAUCUAUCAGUAGAAGGAAACAUCUGUGUGAAAAACAGGUCACUGUUUCCCUUUGAAGUAUUUUUUUAAAUCUCCCUGUGAGAUUUCAUGUAGUGGAAGAAACACAAUCAUAGAGCAUUUUAUAUUUAAGUGUUUAGUCCUUGUUCAUUCAGUUUGUUUAACAUCUGCACUGUCACCUUCCUUAAAUGUCAAGUUUCUGAGGUGAGAUGAGUUGGUUGGCGGGGAGUAUGCAAGUACCCCCCACGUGUGUUCUCGCACUGUUGUAAUUAGAUGUGCCUGUGUAUGCGUGUGUGCUGCAUUUCAAGGUGUGAUCCCAGCCUUUUUUGCUGCUCAGAGUACUCUCUCUAAUUUGAGUCCAUGUGCAACAUGUCUUCAUUUGCUGAACCGCUCGGAACGAAGCAUACGCCACAUGAAUAAAGAUUUUCUGUGUUUCAAA